AUGCAGAGUCUGGAAGCCUCUCGAUCCAACUCUGAGGCGACGCAGCGGCAGUUAAUGGAGAUAUUGGCUGCAACCAGGGGCGCGGCAGGAGCGUCCUCUUCUAACGCUGCCCCGCCUACUGCUGAAUGGAGUUUAGAAAGCUUUCUCCAACACCAUCCGGCCAAGUUCAGUAGGAAAGGUCUUCCGGAUGAAGCGGAUCAGUGGCUCAGGGAUAUGGAGCGGAUUUACAAUGCUAAGAGAUGUCCGGACGAUAGCCGUUUGGCAUUUACUGAAUACUUGCUGACUGGUGAAGCAAGUCACUGGUGGACGAGCAUGAAGGCGAUCUUGACGGACGCUCAUAGUCCCGUGAAUUGGGCAGUUUUCAGGACGAAAUUCUACGAAGAGUACUUCCCGGACAGCGUACGUUAUGCUAAAGAAGUGGAGUUUCUACAAUUGGUGCAAGGGGGAAUGUCGGUAUCAGAAUAUACUAAUAGAUUCAAGCAUUUGGUCCGUUUUAACACCAUGGCUACGAGCGAAGAAUGGCAAUGCAGGAAGUUUGAAAACGGGCUGAGGAGCGACUUGAAGGUAUUGAUAUCCAGCUUGUGCAUUAGAUCGUUUCCUGCUAUGGUUGAGAGGGCAAAGGUAUUGGAGAAGAACGUUGCUGAGGCCGAGCAACAGAAGAAGCAACAGUUGAGCAGGGGGCCGGUGUUAGCAAGGAAUAACUCUACUGUAAGACGACCCCCGUACGUUCGUCCAGGCCAAUCCUCUGGUGGAUCCCAAGCCUUGGCUACUGUCGGCCAGUCUGGACAGCUAAGGAGUUUGGCAUGUUUCCAGUGUGGAGGACCGCACUUUAGGUGGGCUUGUCCUCAACUGAGUGGGGGAAAAUACUGCACUAAAUGCAGAAGGAGCGGACACUCGGAUCAGGAGUGUAAUAUGGGAGGCCGUGCGGUAGCAAGACCACCGAACGCUGGAAGAACACAGCAAGGUAGGGGAGGACGUGCACAGGCAGUUGGACGAGUGUAUGCUAUCACGGGUGCUGAAGCUGCUAGUUCAGUGACUGGUGGGAUUAGAACAUCUACUGGUUGCUUUAGAUGUACUAUAGAAGUUGAGGGGCGUAGAUUCAAAGUCAAUCUCAUAUGCUUGCCUCUUCAAGGCUUAGAGGUGAUUUUGGGGAUGGAUUGGUUGGCCACCAAUCGCAUUCUCAUAGACUGUGGUAAGAAGGAAUUAGUCUUUCUAGAUGAAGGGGAAGAGGAGUUAUCAGUGACACUCGGUCAGCUGAAGGAGGAUAUCGUAGAGGGCGCCUACUGCUUCCUGAUAAUGACGCACUCAGAUGAGGAAAUGGAAGGAGUGAAGUGGGGACGAUCGUCACAAGAUGAGCCGUAUGGAGGACGAUCGGUCAUAGAAGAAUUUCCUGAAGUCUUUCCAGACGAGAUACCAAGACUGCCUCCUGUUCGUGAGGUUGAAUUUACAAUCGACCUGGUGACGACGGCAGCGCCAAUCUCGGUUCAACCUUAUAGAAUGUCGCCUGCUGAGUUGGUUGAGCUUAAGAAGCAGAUAGAAGAAUUAAUGGACAAGCAGUUCAUCAGGCCGAGCGUAUCGCCGUGGGGAGCGCCUGUGUUGUUAGUAAAGAAGAAGGAUGGCAGUUCCAGGCUUUGCAUUGACUACCGACAGCUUAAUAAGCUUACUAUUAAGAACAAGUAUCCACUUCCGCGUAUUGACGAUCUGCUGGAUCAAUUGCAGGGAGCGAGCGUAUUCUCAAAGAUUGACUUACGUUCGGGCUAUCAUCAAAUACGGGUGAAGGAAGGUGACAUUCAGAAGACAGCCUUUAGGUCUCGUUACGGGCAUUAUGAGUAUGUGGUAAUGCCGUUCGGAGUAACGAACGCGCCAGCGAUCUUCAUGGAUUACAUGAAUCGGAUAUUCCGACCCUACCUGGACAAGUUCGUAGUGGUCUUCAUUGAUGACAUCCUGAUUUACUCCAAGAGCCAUGAAGAGCAUGAGGAACAUUUGCGGGUCGUACUGGGAGUGUUGAAGGAGAAGGAAUUGUACGCCAAGCUGUCGAAGUGUGAAUUUUGGAUGAAGAGCGUGCAGUUCUUGGGGCAUGUUGUGUCAGCCGAAGGAAUUUCUAUGGACCCGUCAAAGGUACGAGCGGUUUUGGAGUGGGCGAGUCCGCGUUCGGUUACUGAAGUGCGUAGCUUCGUUGGUCUUGCAGGCUACUUCGUUGGUCACGCGCAAGGAUCACCCGUUCGCUUGGACCGAUCGGUGUGA